ACACUCCUGGUCUCCUGGAUUCCCCGCGUAGCCCGAGAAACCUCGCCGAGCCAUGGCCAGGAUGCCGACUCCAAUUCCUACCACGUUCGCGUCCUCGGUGGCGUCCGGCCAUGGCUUACUCCUCGUCCGUGGGCGCCGUUCCACCCGUGCCGCCCGAGCACUCUCCCUCGGCACGCCCGGCGGCCGAUCGGGCACCGCGAUCCACUCCUCCCGGCAGCCGGCGGCGGCCGAGCUGGUAGAGCAGUCGGUGAACACCAUCCGGUUCCUGGCCGUGGACGCCGUGGAGAAGGCCAACUCCGGGCACCCGGGUCUCCCGAUGGGCUGCGCUCCCCUGGGCCACGUCCUCUUCGACGAGUUCCUCCGGUUCAACCCCAGGAACCCCGGCUGGUUCGACCGCGACCGCUUCGUGCUCUCCGCCGGCCACGGCUGCAUGCUCCAGUACGCGCUGCUCCACCUCGCCGGCUACCCAGGCGUCACGAUGGAUGACCUGAAAGCUUUUCGGCAGUGGGGAAGCAGAACUCCUGGCCAUCCAGAAAAUUUUGAAACACCUGGUGUUGAAGUCACAACUGGUCCUCUGGGGCAGGGCUUUGCAAAUGCUGUUGGACUAGCACUUGCUGAGAAACAUCUAGCUGCUCGUUUCAACAAACCUGACUUAUGUAUUGUCGACCAUUACACGUAUGUUGUACUCGGGGAUGGUUGCCAAAUGGAAGGUGUUGUGAAUGAGGCAUCCUCCCUUGCUGGCCAUUGGGGUCUUGGAAAGUUGAUUGCCUUCUAUGAUGACAACCAUAUAUCAAUUGAUGGUAGUACGGAUAUUGCUUUCAGUGAAAAUGUGCUUGCCCGGUAUGAAGCCUUGGGAUGGCAUACUGUCUGGGUGAAGAACGGAAACUCUGGCUAUGAUGACAUCCGGGCAGCAAUCAAAGAAGCAAAGGAAGUCAAAGACAAGCCAUCUCUUAUCAAGGUGACUACUACAAUUGGUUAUGGAUCUCCAAACAAGGCAAGCACACACAGUGUUCAUGGGAGUGCUUUAGGUCCCAAAGAAGUAGAGGCGACCAGAAACAAUCUUCUCUGGCUUCAUGAGCCUUUCCAUGUGCCUGACGAGGUGAAAAGGCACUGGGGUCACCAUAUUGACGAGGGUGCAUCUCUUGAAGCUGAAUGGAAUGCAAAGUUUUCAGAAUAUGAGAAGAAAUACCACCAAGAGGCAGCUGAGCUGAAUAGCAUAAUUUCAGGGGAGCUGCAUGCUGGGUGGGACAAGGCUCUUCCAACGUAUACUCCUGAAAGCCCUGCUGAUGCUACCAGGAACAUAUCUCAACAAUGCUUGAAUGCUCUUGCUAAAGUAAUACCUGGAUUUCUUGGAGGCAGUGCUGAUCUUGCAUCAUCAAAUAUGACAUUGCUAAAGAUGUUUGGUGAUUUCCAGAAGGACACUCCUCAAGAGAGAAACAUACGUUUUGGUGUUAGAGAGCAUGCAAUGGGUGCCAUUUGUAAUGCCAUCGCCUUACACAGCCCUGGUCUAAUACCUUACUGCUCAACUUUCUUUGUGUUCACUGACUAUAUGAGAGCUCCUAUACGCCUUUCGGCCUUAUGUGGAUCUGGAGUGAUCUAUGUGAUGACUCAUGAUUCAAUUGGACUUGGAGAAGACGGGCCAACACAUCAGCCAGUUGAGCAGUUAUUCAGCCUCCGAGCAAUGCCCAACAUAUUAGUGCUUCGACCUGCUGAUGGUAAUGAGACUUCCGCGGCUUACAGGACUGCUGUUGUUAACAGGCAAAGGCCCUCUAUUCUUGCAUUCUCUCGGCAGAAGCUCCCACAGCUGGCUGGUACAUCGGUCGAAGGCGUUGCUAAGGGAGGAUACAUCAUUUCUGAUAAUUCCUCAGGGAACAAACCUGACCUGAUUCUUAUUGGCACAGGCUCUGAACUUGAGAUUGCAGCAAAAGCUGCAGAUGACCUGAGGAAGGAGGGGAAAACUGUAAGGGUUGUCUCGCUUGUUUGCUGGGAGUUAUUUGAAGAACAGUCUGAAGAAUACAAGGAUAGUGUCUUACCAAGUGAGGUUACCUCUAGGAUUAGCAUUGAGGCUGGUGUCACGUUGGGAUGGGAAAAGUAUAUCGGGCAGAAGGGCAAAGCUAUUGGAAUUGAUCGUUUCGGUUCGAGUGCCCCUGCUGGGAAAAUAUACAAGGAGCUUGGUUUGACUGUGGAACAUAUAAUUGCAACAGCCAAGUCGAUAUAAAAGGUCAUUGCAUUGCUGACCACAUGUAGAUGAAGGGUUUUUUUUCUGUAUCCUAUCUUAAUAAAGUGGCAGGUUUCAAAGCAACUAAACCUUGAGGUUGUUCGGUUGUUUGUGUAAGAAUUUCUAAAUGAGCUGUAAAUAAUGCGCUGUCUGCCUAAGUCGUUUGUUGUAUGAAUCAGUUAAAGUCUGCCCAUAUCAACUCGUGUAAAAUUACUGUAUCGUGGGAAAUGAAAUGUCGAUAACCUUAUCUGAUA